AUGUCAAGUGGUAUUGGUGCUUGGGGUGGAUCUGGUACAUGUUAUCCAAUUUUUUCAGAUUUUUGUACAUGUAUUUUUGAUAAACCAUUAGAAUUAUGUGAACCAUACAGAAAAGAUUAUUUAGAAUGUCUCCAUAAUGUUAAAGAAUAUAAGAGUCAAUCAUCAGAAAAUUACCAUAAAGGUGGUGAGGAAAGAAUUAACAAAGUUAGAGAAGCAAUUAAAAGAGCUCAAGAAUAUGAUCCAAAAAAAGGAAAAUCUGAAUAA